AUGUCAGACAAUCAACUCCUAGACCUUGCUACUCCUCCAGCAUGUAUCGCAGAUUUCUGCCUGAUACCGCUGGGCACACCGACCGCUUCCGUGUCCAAAGAAGUGUCGCAGGUGCAGCGUCUGCUCAAGAAGAGUGGGCUUGUGUACCACAUGCACUCUGCUGGAACAACAGUAGGCAAGUCACAAUGCUUUUACUCUCAAGAUAUGCACAAAGUGUCAAAUCUAACACUACAUCACAUAGAGGGUCCUUGGGAUGACGUUAUGCGUGUGAUCGGUCAAGCCCAUUCUCUACUACACGAAAACGGUGUUGUGAGAAUCCAAAGCGAUAUCAGAGUUGGAUCGAGAACAGACAAGAAGCAAACAGCCGAGGACAAGGUUGCUGCCGUCAAGGCCAUCCUGGACAAGGAUGAGCAGGCCUGA